GUUGUGUUCGGGCUGGUAACUGUCAGUCAGAUCUGGCAACCCUGGCCUGAAUCUGUUUCCGGUCGGCCUUAAUCCUCCCUGCUGCUCCGUCACAGAAACAAAUGAAGCAUUCUGUCCUCCGUUUUCCCGACAGAAAGAUAGACUGCCGCAGCUUCAUGGGGAACAAGAGGGAGGGAACCAGGUCGGUGGCUGUUUUCACAGGACACGCUGCAGAUCUGCUGCUGUAAACGGAGCAUGGUGAGCAGGAGGCCAUCUGCUGAAGCUUUUUAGCGCACCAUGUCCCGGCGAUGGAGGGGGAAAGAGAGCAGGUCCUUUGAGCCGAGGCCCGUGGUUGUCGGUGCGCCGUAAGGCGGGCUGCGCUCUGCAGCAGCGCCUGGCUUCUCUCUGCGCCAGCACCACGGAAAGCGACCAUGACGCGGAUGCGCAGGAAGGCGAUCGUGGCGCUCUUCCUCUUCACUCUGUUCAUCUUCGGGGCCAUGAUGGGGCUCAGGACGCUGAAACCCAGCGACGGCUUCUCGGAUCUGGCCCCUGGGAUGGACUUCGUCGGGGAGAGGUCCGAGAGGAAGCGGCUGGCUGAAAAAGACGCGCCGGCGUCGCCGGGUCAGUUCCGCUCCGGCGGCAGCGACACCAAGGUGGUUUUUACUAAAUCCGACCGAGAUUCCAGCAUCUUCUACGACGUCCACAUCUUCUACUACCUGUGGUACGGCUCCCCCGUCAUGGACAACAAGUACAUCCACUGGGAUCACCCGCUGGUACCGCACUGGGACCCUAAGAUUGCUGCCAGCCACCCUCAGGGUGGACACACACCCCCGGAGGACAUUGCUUCCAGCUUCUACCCUGAGCUGGGCCCCUACAGCUCCAGGGACCCAAAUGUGCUGGAGUCUCACAUGGCCCAGAUCGAAGAAGCUGCAUCAGGAGUGCUGGUGUUGUCCUGGUAUCCACCCGGGGUGGCAGAUGAUCAUGGGGAGCCCACUGAGGACCUGGUUCCUGCUGUCAUGGACGCUGCCCAAAGGCACAGCAUCAAGGUGGCCUUUCACAUUCAGCCAUACAAGGGACAGACGGACCAGAGCAUGCAUGACAACAUCAAAUAUAUUAUUGACAAAUAUGGAAAACAUGGCGCCUUCUACAGAUUCAGGACAAGCACAGGGCAGGUCCUGCCGCUGUUUUACGUCUACGACUCCUACCUUACCCCUCCUGAAUCCUGGACAGAGCUCCUGACGUCCAAAGGCUCACAGAGCAUCAGAGGGACACCUUAUGAUGGGGUUUUUGUUGCCCUUAUUGUUGAGGAGCGUCACAAGCACGACAUCUUAGCUAGCGGCUUUGAUGGCAUGUACACUUACUUCGCCUCCAAUGGUUUUUCUUUCGGCUCUUCCCACCAGAACUGGAAAGCCAUCAAGGCAUUCUGUGAUGCAAACAACCUGCUGUUUAUUCCCAGCGUUGGUCCAGGGUACGUGGAUACGGCCGUGCGACCAUGGAACAACCACAACACCAGGAACCGGGUCAACGGACGUUACUAUGAGACUUCCCUGCAGGCAGCUCUGUCUGUCAGACCUGAAAUUGUGACCAUCACCUCCUUCAACCAAUGGCAUGAAGGCUCUCAGAUCGAAAGAGCUGUGCCCAAGAAAACAAUGUCCCGUUUAUAUCUGGACUACUUGCCAAACCAACCAGACCAUUACUUACAGCUGACUCGUCAGUGGGCCGAGACCUUCAACAAGGAGAAGGACAAGUGGCUGAUGUGAACACGGCUUCGGCUGCCUGGUCUAGGCUUUGAGAAUCACUGUGAGUUGCAGUAAAUUAGAUCCUUCUGACUCUUGACCCUGGUGAUUUACCUCGCCGAUGUUUUCUGAUCAGGAUUUCCUUGUAAACUAAAUAAGUAUGGUUACAAAGAGAAGGGUUUUUUUCCCUUCCCUAUUUUCCUGAAAUAAAGACUGUUAAUUCUUUGUACUUUCUUUAUGAGUAAUUAAAAUGUCUGUUUAUUAUUGAAUGAUUUAUAUGGAUUGCCACCUGGGAGAGUCAAAUGUUAAAGAGUUAAAGCUGCAGUUUGAGUAAGCGAGUUGCAGGUAGGUUAAAGUCUCCUUCCUCAGUCACUUUCCUCUAACUGAUGAUCAACCCUAAACUAAAUAACACAUUUGGGGUUUGGUUUGCCCUUUCAAACCACCACAUGAUUAGUUUACUCAUGAACUCAUUCAUUACCACACAACACAUCUGAUUGACAGCAGAUAUCUACAUAGUGUAUAAAAUGACAUUACUUUGUUUUCUCAUUGUCUGCCGUUAAAUCAGAUGAAAUCGUUCUGUUUUAAGUCUGUUAGGAUUACCAAAAUUAUUUCUAUUUACUAAAUGUCAGAAUAAAGUUUCUUUAAAGUCAGAAGUUUCCAGAUAUUUGUCAGUACUUAGUAGAAUUGUCUUUAAACUGUCUGACUUUGGUCAAACGUUUUGGGUUUCCUUCCACAGGCUUAUUAUAAUAGUUUGCUGGAAUUUUGGGCCAUUCCCCCAGAUCAUACAUCUUUUAUAGUAGGCUACAUAAAUAAGGGUGAUGACCAUCACAAACCUGCCCCUCAGUUUACUUUUUCUAGUAUCUCUGCUUGUACCUCAGGGAAAUUGAUCAAAACAAAAUACAGAAACCAACAUUUGGAGAUCACUUCUCCAAUCCAGUCUUGCUUCUGUGCACCAGAUCUUACAGAAAUUAUUUUAAAAGCCUCUGAAUCCGCUUUACCAUUUCUUUGGAUGAGGUGUCUUUUGAAAUAUUCAGCCUGUUUGUGCUCAUUCUAAUGGGGUUUACCUUUUGAAAAUAAGCAAGUAUUAAACUUACUUUUCAUUAAGCCUCCGUGUCUGUAUUAAAGAUGAUUUUUUAAUAGGUUUGGUAUAAUGUCUCUAACCUUAAAUGUUGUGUUUUCAUUAUAUGUGAGCAAAACAAUCAUUAACAAAAGUAAAGACUUUAAAACAUA